AUUAUUUGUUUAGUACAUUUCUGACAGUGCUUAAUUAUAUACAUAAUGACGAAUAGAAAUUAUAUUUAUUUGUUUGUGGUCUUAUUGAGUUGUUCAUUCGUAUUAGCAGAUGAGUGCGCCGUAUACAAUUUCGAAGAUGGACUUAAUGGUUUUAUUUGGGAUCAUCCAGUAUGUUAUGGCAUCACAAAUUGGACAUUGGGGUUGUAUGAUACAAUAUCUGUACCCCGACCGCACCCAGCUAGCAACACAUUUAUAAAGGCAUCAGAGUCAUCUGUGUCAGAAUCUAACUGCAUAUCGACCUGGCCUUUCUAUAUUGCCAUUAGCGGUAUUGUCGAAGUCAAUGUUUAUAUGGAAGAAGCCAUCAGUUCCUUACAUAUUUUCGUAGUAACUGAAGAUUCACUAGUUGUAGGUCAACUGGACUAUGGUCCUAUGUUUACUGGUUUCACAGCCGGUUGGUCAUCAAUUCGCUUAAAGUUAAUUGGAUCGUGUAAUUCUUGUUCUAUUGUAUUACUGAGUACGAUACAGGACAACAGUGUUGUGCUAAUAGACUCGUUCAGAUACAUACCUCCAACAAUAAAUGAUGAGGAAUGUAGAAUCUAUGAUGUCCUUUACUCAACAACUGAAGCACCUACUGCAACUGACACCACGCCAGUAGAUAUUUGGACAACAACUGAACAGCCCGCUGCAACUGACACCACGUCAAUAGAUAUUUGGACAACAACUGAAGAGCCCGCUGCAACUGACACUACGCCAGUAGAUAUUUGGACAACAACCGAAGAACCCGCUGUGACUGAAUCCACGACAGUAGAUAUUUGGACAACAACUGAACAGCCUUCUACAACUGAAGAGCCCGCUGCAACUGACACUACGCCAGUAGAUAUUUGGACAACAACUGAACAGCCCGCUGCAACUGACACCACGCCAGUAGAUAUUUGGACAACAACCGAAGAGCCCGCAGCAACUGACACCACGCCAGUAGAUAUUUGGACAACAACCGAAGAGCCCGCAGCAACUGACACCACGCCAGUAGAUAUUUGGACAACAACCGAAGAGCCCGCAGCAACUGACACCACGCCAGUAGAUAUUUGGACAACAACCGAAGAGCCCGCUGCAACUGACUCCACGCCAGUAGAUAUUUGGACAACAACCGAAGAGCCCGCAGCAACUGACACCACGCCAGUAGAUAUUUGGACAACAACCGAAGAGCCCGCAGCAACUGACACCACGCCAGUAGAUAUUUGGACAACAACCGAAGAGCCCGCUGCAACUGACUCCACGCCAAUAGAUAUUUGGACAACAACCGAAGAGCCCGCAGCAACUGACACCACGCCAGUAGAUAUUUGGACAACAACCGAAGAGCCCGCUGCAACUGACACCACGCCAGUAGAUAUUUGGACAACAACCGAAGAGCCCGCAGCAACUGACACCACGCCAGUAGAUAUUUGGACAACAACCGAAGAGCCAGCAGCAACUGACACCACGCCAGUAGAUAUUUGGACAACAACCGAAGAGCCCGCAGCAACUGACACCACGCCAGUAGAUAUUUGGACAACAACCGAAGAGCCCGCUGCAACUGACACCACGCCAGUAGAUAUUUGGACAACAACCGAAGAGCCCGCUGCAACUGACACCACACCUAUAGAUAUUUGGACAACAACCGAAGAACCCACUGUGACUGAAUCCACGCCAGUAGAUAUUUGGACAACAACCGAAGAACCCACUGUGACUGAAUCCACCACAGUAGAUAUUUGGACAACAACUGAACAACCUAUUGCGACUGAAUCCACCACAGAAGAUAUUUGGACAACAACUGAACAACCUAUUGCAACUGAAUCUACCACAGAAGAUAUUUGGACAACAACUGAACAACCUGUUGCGACUGAAUCCACCACAGAAGAUAUUUGGACAACAACUGAACAACCUAUUGCGACUGAAUCCACCACAGAAGAUAUUUGGACAACAACUGAACAACCUAUUGCGACUGAAUCCACCACAGAAGAUAUUUGGACAACAACUGAACAACCUGUUGCGACUGAAUCCACCACAGAAGAUAUUUGGACAACAACUGAACAACCUGUUGCGACUGAAUCCACCACAGAAGAUAUUUGGACAACAACUGAACAACCUAUUGCGACUGAAUCCACCACAGAAGAUAUUUGGACAACAACUGAACAACCUAUUGCGACUGAAUCCACCACAGAAGAUAUUUGGACAACAACUGAACAACCUAUUGCGACUGAAUCCACCACAGAAGAUAUUUGGACAACAACUGAACAACCUAUUGCGACUGAAUCCACCACAGAAGAUAUUUGGACAACAACUGAACAACCUAUUGCGACUGAAUCCACCACAGAAGAUAUUUGGACAACAACUGAACAACCUAUUGCGACUGAAUCCACCACAGAAGAUAUUUGGAUAACAACUGAACAACCUAUUGCGACUGAAUCCACCACAGAAGAUAUUUGGACAACAACUGAACAACCUAUUGCGACUGAACCCACCACAGAAGAUAUUUGGACAACAACUGAACAACCUAUUGCGACUGAAUCCACCACAGAAGAUAUUUGGACAACAACUGAACAACCUAUUGCGACUGAAUCCACCACAGAAGAUAUUUGGACAACAACUAAACAACCUAUUACGACUGAAUCCACCACAGAAGAUAUUUGGACAACAACUGAACAACCUGUUGCGACUGAAUCCACCACAGAAGAUAUUUGGACAACAACUGAACAACCCAUUGUGACUGAAUCCACCACAGAAGAUAUUUGGACAACAACUGAACAACCUAUUGCGACUGAAUCCACCACAGAAGAUAUUUGGACAACAACUGAACAACCCACUACAACUAAAUCUACUACAGUAGAUAUUACAACUACUGAAGAACCCACUACAAUAACAGAACCAACAGAGUCUAUAGAUAUUUGCGUCACAUAUGAUUUUGAAGAAGGAUUUGAUGGCUUGAUAUUGGAUCAUCCAGCAUGCUUUGGAAGUAAUACUAAUUGGACAUUGGGUGACUAUAACUCAAUAUCAGUAUCCAGACCGCACCCUGCAAGUAAUAUUUACUUAACUCAUUCAUUGUCAUUGUCAUUAUUGCCAGCAAUCAACUGUAUAUCUACGUUUCCUUUCGACUUAACACUAGGUGGUACAGUUGAAUUAAAUAUUUACAUGGAACAAGGUCAUAAUAUUAUAACUAUUCUUACAUAUGACGGAUACAAUUUACAGUUUGGUGCCAUGUUAUCCGGACUUUCAACCGGAUGGUCGGCAGUUCGAUUCUCCUGGUCUGGACCCCCGUGUGAUUCUUGUAAUGUGAUCCUUAUGCCUAUGAUAUAUGACGGAGGCUUGUUGUUAAUCGACUCAUUUCGGUACAUACCGCCAUCACUGACCGAUGAUCAAUGCAAAAUAUAUAACUGAAGACAAUAAAUGAUGGCCAACUUCACUCUUAAUUAAAAUUUAUAUUAAUAUAGCUAAUACAAAAUAUUUUAUGACA